ACUUCCCCUGUCCUGGCCGCUUCGGCCGCUCUCGGGACAAACUCACUGGGCAAAGCGGCAGAGCCAUGACCUUAGGGGCGCUGCUGCUGCUGCUGGGGGUGCUCGAGGCGCCCCUCGCCCCAGGCGCCCGCGGGUCGGAAGUCGAAGGCCGACUUCAACGAGAAGGAUGAAGAAAUGAGCACAAAAGUGUACUUAGACCUGGAGUGGACAGACUACAGGUUAAGCUGGGAUCCUGCAGAACACGAUGGCAUCGAUUCUCUCCGCAUCACCGCUGAAUCCAUUUGGCUCCCAGACGUGGUGCUGCUGAACAACAAUGACGGAAAUUUUGACGUUGCUCUGGACAUUAAUGCCGUGGUAUCCUUCGAGGGCUCUGUGCGCUGGCAACCCCCUGGCCUGUAUCGCAGCAGCUGCAGCAUCCAGGUCACCUACUUCCCCUUUGACUGGCAGAAUUGCACCAUGGUGUUUAGUUCCUACAGCUAUGACAGCUCUGAGGUCAGCCUGAAGACAGGCUUAAGUCCUGAUGGGCAGGAGACACAGGAAAUCUACAUUCAUGAAGGAACCUUCAUUGAGAACAGCCAAUGGGAGAUUAUCCACAAACCUUCUAGGUUAAUCCAACGACCAGGGGAUCCUAGAGGAGGGAAGGAAGGACUUCGUGAGGAAGUUACCUUCUAUCUCAUUAUUCGACGGAAGCCUCUCUUCUACCUGGUCAAUGUCAUUGCACCAUGCAUCCUCAUCACUCUCUUGGCCAUCUUCGUCUUCUACCUCCCGCCAGAUGCAGGAGAGAAGAUGGGGCUCUCAAUCUUCGCCCUUCUGACCCUGACUGUGUUUCUGCUGCUGCUGGCAGACAAAGUGCCGGAGACCUCCCUGGCAGUCCCCAUCAUUAUCAAAUAUCUCAUGUUCACCAUGAUCCUUGUCACUUUCUCAGUAAUCCUUAGCGUUGUGGUCCUCAACUUGCACCAUCGCUCACCCCACACCCACCAAAUGCCCUUUUGGGUCCGCCAGAUCUUCAUUCACAAGCUCCCUCCAUACCUGGGUCUGAAAAGGCCCAAACCCGAGAGAGACCAACUGCCUGAACCACAUCACUCUCUUUCUCCAAGAAGUGGCUGGGGCCGAGGAACCGAUGAGUAUUUCAUCCGGAAGCCUCCAAGUGAUUUUCUUUUCCCUAAACUUAACAGGUUUCAGCCUGAAUUAUCUGCCCCGGACCUGCGACGAUUUAUCGAUGGCCCAACACGGACUGUGGGUCUGCCUCAGGAGCUCCGCGAGGUCAUUUCUUCAAUCAGUUACAUGGCCCGACAGCUGCAGGAACAGGAGGACCACGACGCACUGAAGGAGGACUGGCAGUUUGUGGCCAUGGUUGUGGAUCGUCUUUUCCUGUGGACAUUCAUCGUUUUCACGAGCGUCGGGACCCUGAUCAUUUUCUUAGAUGCCACGUACCAUUUGCCUCCUCCAGAACCUUUUCCUUGAAGACCGGAGGGCCAUUUUUGUCAAGAGUUGCCGGUGCUCUCAAGCUGUAGCUACUUGCUUCUUAACCCCUGUAACGAUCUAGUUUCUGGGAAGGCCCGGAAGUGGGACUUGGGCUGGGCAGGUGCCUUGAACCCACCUGAAAUGUCCUCAUUAUUUAGGGUUUCAUCCUUCUGGGUUUUUGUUUUGGUUGUUUUUGAGAGUCUCACUCUGUGGUCCAGGCUAGCUGGAACUAUGUAUCCCAGGCUGGCCUCAAACUCCCAGCAAUGUUACUUCCUGAGCCAGCACACUUGGAUUUGGAUUCUUGAAGCUACACUGAAUGUCACAGCUUGGCUCUCUAAUGAAAUAGAAUUAUAAGUAGUAGGUUGUAAACCCUUUGAGGAUAGGAAAUGUGUUGGUUACUGUAAUGCCCCUAGCAAUGUAUACAGGACCUAGCCUAUUUAUUUAAUGAAGAGAGGGAAAUAAAUUCUGGAAGGAAAUUCUGCCUACAA